AAUACGCAACAUAAAAAAAAAACAUUCAUCAUGGCGACCCCCACAACCUUGAAUAUCGGCGAACCAGCUGAUGAACGAUCAGUUGAUGGCAGCAAUGCGCCUGUUAGUGAAUGUUCAUUUUCAGGGGAUAGGGACGCACCGAAUGAGGGGAAAAAAGAUAGAGAUGAUGACCAAGAUGACGUCUCUUCUCCCAGAAAAUCUAACAUUGAUGAUAUCGAGAACAUGAUAUUGAACAGUUUGAUGGGUUACGAAGACGACUAUCAGGAUCGGAACAAUGAAAUGCAAGAUUAUGAAAACGAAAGUCAAGACAGUGGUCGCUUUUUCCCAGAAUUUUUAAUUACUCCAAGUGACUUUGGAUAUAAAAUUGCACCAGGAGUAGGAUCUGUUUGUUAUGGAUACAUUUCGUUUGCUUGUAUGGAUCCACUAUGGUUUGGCAGAGCGUUUGGUGAUGUUCAUAAGCUAGUCAGCAAUGUUUUAUGGAUACAAGCUCAUCUUGGUAUUGGUCUUUAUAUAUUUUCUCGGCGUCAUAUCAGAAAACUCUCCACCAAUCGCGCCCUCUUCUACAGCAUUUUCGGAUCUGCUUUGUUUAAUUUUGGUUCCUGUAUGAUCUGGGGACUUGGUAGAACACUACUUCCUCCAUCUUCAACACUGCGAGUGGCAUUCAGUCUCAUCUCCAGCUGUCUCUUACUGUAUGCCGGACAAGACUAUUUACAAUAUGUUGACAACAGCUGUUCUGAAGUCGACUGAAUCAUUUAAUAUUGCUCAGGAAAAUUACAAUAAACUUUCUGGGAGUUUAGUUCAACAGGAUGCAAUUGUGUUAGUAUUUAUUAUACAUAAAAAAAAUUAAAAAUAGACAGACAUAAACAGACUAAAUAAAAUUUAGUUUACCUUGUAAGAAUUAUAAUCUCAUUGAAUCAAAAAGCUACUAGAUGGUAAACCUGGUUAGUGUAUAUGUACAAGACUGCUUUAUAGUUUUUUCACACCUUGUUUAGAGCUAGUCAGAUUUUGUUAAUUACUGUUUUUCAUUGUACACCAACAUGACAAAAUACUUGUAGGUGUUACCAGAUUUUUGUGCUGCUAGACAUUUUGUUACAGGCAAAAAUAAACUAUCAAUCCAAAGAAACAGCCUUCAUCCAGUGUAGAAAGAAUUUGUUACUAUUUAACUUAUAUUUGCAUUGAAUUCUUUACAUUGUGGUUUGCAUUUAACAUUCUAGUUUGACGGUUUUUACUGCAGUUUGGCCAAUAUUUACAUGCACUGCACAGUCAUUUUUCUACUUGGUAUUUUGUUUUUUAAUAAAUAUUCAAAUUACUGGUGCCAAUCAAAACUAUACACACAAAGUUAAGUAGAAAGGGUAUGGUUUAUUGAAAAGACCUUUAGAUAAUUUGUGUCAUUUUUAAAAUAAAUUAUUUUAUAAUGUGUACUCAAAACAUUUAUUUUAAAAUGGUGCUUAUUUCUUCCAUGUGGUUUUUACUUGUGAAGGUUCAUAAACAUAAUUUCACCCAAGUUUUAGUUUGAAAAAUUAGCCAAAGUGCAAACCUCUUAGAUUAUUGGUUGUGUUUUAAUAUUUCAAAUUUAACCAUUUAGUAUAUUUAUUAUGAUAAGAUAGUAAUGUUGAGAUAACUUCCACCUCUAAUCUUAAACUUGACGAUUCAGUUUGACAUCAUAUUUGGUGUUAAAGUACAUGGUAUUUAUUUAGAAUACAUUUUUAUUUUAGAAUAUUUUUAAAUACUCAUUUGUUUUGUUUUAAAUUUUUCCAACUUUUGUUGGUUACAUUAUAAUAAAGUUUGCUGGAGAAUUGUU